GAGGACGGACGUUGGACUGGAAUACUCAUCAAAUCACACAAUGAAGUUGAUGAUGGUUCUGAUCAUCUGGUAGUUACAACCCAAACCAGCUUUCUGUCAUUUUGGCUAAACAAAAACAUCAUGUCCAGAUCAAAGAUUCUUAACAGUGACAAAGAAGUUAAUGCCUUCAGGUCUAAUUUAAAGGAACAACGAUGUCUUCAGAAAAACUUAAGCAUUCUUGAUACAGAGGCAGUGUACUCUCUCAAACUCAUCGACCUUGACAACAGAGGAAUCCGAGUGUUUUACAAGCGCUUCAAAGACAAGGUGUCACGGAUCAAAUCUCACUUAAGUGCUGAUGAUCUCUCUGAAAUGCAUGAUUUAGAGGCUAAAGGAAAAAUGCCGAUCAUAAACAAAACUGUCAAUAUUAGCGGAGCCUUAAGGAUAGCAGACGCGGAGAAACGUCUUAAAAUUCAAAGCACAGAAAAUACCCGAAAAGCGAGGAGUGCACAUCCUCUUAUGAGGCAGAACACACGUAGUUUUGAGUGUCUGACACCACAUGACAGAGGACACCAGAGGCCAAACACGACCGGUGGAGCAGUGGAGAGACAGUUGUCAUCUUCAUUAAAUGCUCGGCAUGAUACUUCUAAGCGGAACUCAGUCGGUGUAAUGCUUGACAUCGCAGAGUUGCCUAAAGGGACGUCGCGUAGUAAAUCUUCUCGUGGAAAUAAAAUACCAAGGCCUGGUCAGUUUUCCCAGCGAUCCUUGGAGCUGGAUACUGCCAAUAACAACAAUGCCAAAAGUCCGAAAAGUCCACGAAGUCCGCGUAGUCCUCAGGUAUCUGGAUCUGAAACUAAACCAGCAUCAAUCCUUAUCAACUCCGUAAAAAGUAUUAUGACAAAAAUCCGAGAAUCAGAAAAUUGUUAUUCAGAACAAGAUGUCAAUGAUCCAAAACAAAAUGGUCAUAAAAAAAUGCAUGUUCGAAUAGACACUGAAUCAGUGUCGGUCUUUCCAGAUACUUCACCACAAGAAACCGAUGUAAAUAACAAAAACUCUCUUGCUGUUCCCAGAACUGUUGAGAAAAGACCUCCAUCAACAGGUAAACAAUUAAGAUCCAAAAACAUGGAAAGUCAGGAUGAUUCUACAGUAAACUUAGAUAAGGUAGCCAAAUCCAAAAAGACGAAUCAAUGUGAUGACGGGUUGGACAUCGGACCGGACAGACAAAGUCUGAGCCGUGUUUCUAAUGCCACGCGAUACAGCACUGCGUCUGCUGGUCAGUUCUCUUGUCACAUGAUGCAGGACCGAGAGAGCGCAGUUGCAUCUAGACUAGACAUCUUCUCUGGAGGAGACGACAACAGGAUCGGCGAGUACCUAGGAGAGGACCCGUAUGAGGAGAGGCGACAGAGGAUGUUAUCGGGGGAACAGGAACGGAUGGAGGAACUUCUGGACCAAAAAGAUUUUUAUCUAGAACGAAUCGACUUACACAUCAGAGAGAUGGAGAAAAGGAAUCGGCAGAUGUCUAUAAUUGCUCCCACCAUGGAUGUUCCUGACAACGUUCUCCGCCAGGUACGCAAGGAGGCUGGGGAUCGAGCCAGGGCAUCGAGGCUUAAUAAAAUGCGGCAAGGUAUACACAGAUCUUCAAUAUCGGAAGAGGAGAGGAAACGUCGUGCUCAGGAGAUGUGGAAGGAUGUCAAUAAGUGUCGGUAUCUUAGAGUGCCUUCAGACAGAAUCGACCUUUCUGGUAUAGUUACACUAGCUUCAGCACAAAUGAAACUGCUAAGCGCAAUGAGAAAUGGUGAGGAGAUGUAACCAAUGCCAAUCACAAAUAUUAUAUGUGAAAUAGUGACUCAAACUAUCUGGAGAAUAUUUAUUGUGACUUAAUUUUUGUAUAUACCUAACUGAUAUAAAUCCCAGCCUUAGAGUAGUUAGGAGCAUAUCAUAAAGAUAAGUUAAUUUGUGAAGUGGCUUAAAGUAUUAGGUCAUUUUCGUUAAGUAAAUUAUUAACAUCAUUGGAUCUCGUAUAUAAAUAAGUUAUAGUUUGGGGUCGUUCAGAUUUGUCAGUUUCUUCCGUUAUGUAAGUGACUUAAUCUUAAAUAUUUAGAGAGAAAAGUUCUAAAAAUCAAAAAUCAAGUAUCAUCAUUCUGUGUUUAUCUCAUCAUAUCGCUAUUUGUGAGUCGACGACACAACCUGUUAUGGUAAACAUAUAGAAAAUUAAUUUUCGAAAGCUUAUAAAACAAUGGUUCUGUUGAUUAUGUUUAAGGCAGUGUUUCUUUAUUGCCUAAUUGUUCGUACAAUAUACCAUGUACAACACAUAUAUUGUUUUAUAGGAGAUGCCUAUCUAGUAUUUUGUUAAUGUUGCUUUUUCUCCUACCUCUUCUUAUACCAUGUGCCACACAAGGAGAAAUUCUAACGUAAAACGUAAUGUCACUAAAUUUACAUUUUCAUCAGUGGACAACUGACAUCGACUCACUGCAAUAAAACAAUGA